UUAAAAUAAGGCAUGUGGGUCGUGUAUAUGUGUAUACCAAUAUUUUUAUAUAUACAGUCUAUGCCGUUACCAUCGAAACCCCCAAAGAUAACCAAACUUAUUUAUCUAAUGUAAGCCAUUUGAAUAUUCCUCCACUCUUCUUCUUUUUCUCCUUCUCUCUUUCUUUCUGGUUUUUUGAAAAGAACAAAAGCAAAAAGGAAAAUAGAGAAAAACGAUGUCUUCAAUACUGGGCUCACAAGGAGUGGUGUUGGCCACAGCCAUGGCGGUCUCCGGCACUGUGAUUCUCCUCGCUCUUCGUCUCCAGAAAGCUGUGCCCACAGCCCAAUUCUCAGUCGGUCAAACUCAAAUUCUACGAUCAUGUAUUUCUUCUGAAGAGAACAAGAAAAGGAGAAAUCAUAAUAAGCAAAAAAGGGUCCACUUUGCAGAGGACGUGAUUGAUCCUAGGAGUGAUGGUGACGAGUUUAGAAGACAGCACAGUGUGAUUAACAAUUCUCUCAAUUCAAAAACAACUUCUUCUUCUUCUUCUUCUUCUUCUUCUUCUUCUACUUCUCUAAAGUUGAAGAAAAUGAAUGGUGAAAAGUAUAAAGGAAUGCCUGCUAACAGAGCAGCUUUGUACAAUGGAAUUCUUAGAGAUCGAGUGGUUCAUCGUGUAGCUUACUCCUUUUGAUUGAUUUUCUUUUCUUUUUCAUCUGUAAAAAACAAGAACAAAAAUCUUUUCUUUUUCUUUUCUUCUCAUGUACAUUUGUUUUCUCUUAGGAAAGUACCAUAGGAGAUUAUUGGGCCCAUGGUUUUCUUUAGUUCUUGUACACAUUAAUAUGUUCUUGGAGAUUGUUAAUUCUUCUAACCCCCUUAAGAAUGAAAAGGUAAAGAUUAGUAUUGUCAUUAGUUCAAUGUGAAUCUUCAUUGGUAUUAGUUUUGAGAGUGAGUCUUGUUUGUUCUCUUCUUCAUAUAUAAAUAUAUAUUGGGUAAAAGCCUGAAAGUAUAUUUAUUUAAACAUUAAUGUUCUUCAUCUUGUUUAAA